CUUUACUACGCAGCUUUGUUAGGUUUGGUUCAAGUCACAAAACUACUUCUCAAUAAACGAUGUGAAGUCAACGCUCUUAGUGGAUACUAUGGCAGUCCACUACACGCAGCUGCAGCUAAGGGUUGUUCGGAGAUAGUCAGGUUGCUGCUUAACGCGGGCGCUGAUUGCAACGCUCUCAGUGGAAACCAUGGCACUCCGAUACAGGCAGCUGUAGCUGGAGGUCAUCUGAAGGUGUUCAAGAUGCUUCUUGACGCAGGCGCCGAUCACAACGCUCGAGGUGAAUACCAUCACAAUGCAUUACAGGCG